AUGAUCGUUACAGCAGGAGGAAUCGACUGUCAUGUGCACUUCAUAUGCCCGCAACUGGCUUAUGAGUCGAUAUCAAGCGGCAUCACAACAUUAGUAGGAGGUGGAACGGGCCCUGCUGAUGGGACACGAGCAACUACUUGUACACCAGCACCAUCACAUAUGAAAUUGAUGCUGCAAUCUACAGAUGACCUGCCACUAAAUUUUGGGUUCACAGGAAAAGGGAACAGUGCCAAGCCAGAUGGGCUACAUGAAAUAAUCAAGGCUGGAGCAAUGGGACUGAAGCUUCAUGAGGAUUGGGGAACUACUCCUGCUGCUAUAGACAAUUGUUUGACUGUUGCAGAUCAAUAUGACAUUCAGGUUAAUAUCCACGCAGAUACCUUGAAUGAAUCUGGAUUUGUGGAGCACACAAUUGCUGCGAUUAAAGAUAGAACUAUUCAUACUUACCACAGAACAUGGCAAACCGCUCACAAAAUGAAGUUAGUGAGAGGAUCAAUUGAAGCUGAUGGAUCAGACAAUGACAACCUUCGGAUAAAGCGAUACAUCGCCAAGUACACCAUAAAUCCUGCAAUAGCUAAUGGAUUUUCUCAGUAUGUGGGAUCAGUUGAGGUGGGGAAGUUAGCUGAUCUUGUCAUAUGGAAACCAUCUUUCUUUGGGGUAAAACCUGAUAUGGUGAUCAAAGGUGGUGCAAUUGCAUGGGCUGACAUGGGUGAUCCAAAUGCAAGCAUCCCGACUCCUGAACCGGUGGGGAAGUUAGCUGAUCUUGUCAUAUGGAAACCAUCUUUCUUUGGGGUAAAACCUGAUAUGGUGAUCAAAGGUGGUGCAAUUGCAUGGGCUGACAUGGGUGAUCCAAAUGCAAGCAUCCCGACUCCUGAACCGGUGAUGAUGAGGCCCAUGUUUGGAGCAUUUGGCAAGGCUGGAGGUGCUAACUCAAUUGCUUUUGCAGCUGCUGAUUGUGGAAUUAAAACCCUGUACGGACUCAGCAAGAGGGUGGAAGCUGUGGGCAAUGUGAGGGGGCUCAGCAAACUUGACAUGAAGCUCAAUGAUGCUCUUCCAAACAUCAAUGUGGAUCCUGAGACAUACACAGUUACUGCAGACGAUGUGGUUCUUACCUGCACUGCGGCUAUGACGGUCCCUCUUUCUCGAAACUACUUCCUCUUUUAG